CAAUCAUAAUGGCCAUGGCGACAACAUAGAUACCCGUAUUCCUAUUCUCUAAUACCUAUGGCGACAGCCACUGUGAAAAGAUGCCAUUACGAAGUUUUAGGUGUGGAAAGAAAUGCAAGCGAAGAACAACUCAAGAAAGCUUACAGGAAACUGGCUCUUAAAUACCACCCAGAUAAAAACCCAGACAAUGUUGACGAAAGCAAUAAGAUAUUUCAUUUGGUUCAAAAUGCGUACGAGGUGUUAUCAGACCCUCAAGAGAGAGCUUGGUAUGACAGACACAGGGAGGAGAUACUGUAUGGAGUUGGAUCAGAGUUUAAGGAUGAUGUUGUUGAUAUUAUGUCAUAUUUCAGUGGAACAGUCUACAAAGGAUUCGGGGAUGACCCAAAUGGUUUUUACAGUAUCUAUGGCAACCUGUUUGCUCUCAUAGUCCAGGAGGAGUGCCAGUUUUCAGAUGAGGAGAGUCUACUCUAUCUCCCUCCUUUUGGGCAAUCAACAAGCAAUUAUGAAGAGGUGGUACAUCCAUUUUAUGCUCAUUGGCAAAGUUUUUCGACCCAGCGUCCAUACCACUGGCUCAACAAGUAUGAUAGGACUCAGGCAGCGAAUCGAAAAGUUGAGAAACUGAUGGAGAAAGAUAAUAAGAAGAUAAGAGAUGCUGCAAAGAAGAAAAGGAACGAGACCGUCCGGCAACUCGUGGCCUAUGUGCGCAAAAGAGACAAAAGAGUUAUUGAGUAUCGGAAAACUUUAGCCGAGAGAGAAAUUGAGAGAAAAAAGAAAAUUAACGAGCAAAAGGCUGCUGAAGCUAAGAAAAGACUUGAAGAUUUAAAAUUACAUGAGUACAAACCUAAUGAAUGGGAAAAUGACGAGGAAUUAGAAAGAAAAAUGGCCACCAUGCAAGCUGAGAUUGAUAACGAAUUUGGAAAAGAUUCUGACAGUGGGAGUGGCUCCGAUGAAUCUGAAACUGUUCCUGACUUGUAUUGCCCGGCAUGCAAUAAAAUAUUUAAAUCAGAAAAAUCUUUUGCCAAUCACGAGAAAUCUAAGAAGCAUAAAGAGAACUUACUCUUAUUAAAGAGCACCCUCUUGAGCAGUGGAGAGGAGGAGGAGGAGGGGGACAUAAUAAAACCGUCAUCACGCCCACCACAAAAUGAAGACAUUGUGACUCCAGUACAUACAGAUACUACUAUUGGUGCUUUAAUAGAAAAUGAUGAAGAAAAGCCAUUAACUGUUGAUCCACUGUCUACCAAAAUGAAUAAUGUCUCUAUAGAUGUUUCUGGAUCAGUAUCAUCGCAUCUAAUGUCCCAAGACUGUGAGACUGAUUCCAGCAAUGAGGGAGAGAAAGAGGAGGAUACACAGCUGCUUCAAAGCAAACCAAUAAAUCUAAACCCAUUACCAUUAUCAAUCGAUGUUGUUGAAACAGAAGUUACAGAACUUCCAUCAUCAACAAAACACGAAAGCACUGAUCAUCAUCAAUGGGGUGAGGGUCAAAAACGUUCCGGUAAGAAAAAGAGGGGGAAACAGGCUCCAAAAUCAUCCCAAGAAGCAGCUGGAAUGGAUACCAUUGACUCCACUGGUAGUAAAGAAAGUGGUACAGCCUCCAAAUGGUCCUGCACUGUGUGUAGUGGACAGUUUAAAUCUCGUAAUAAGUUAUUUAGUCACAUAAAGGAAUUCGGACAUGCGUUUGAUACUGUCGUUCAAAAUAAUGAGACGAGUGAAGUAGGGCGGGCUAAGGCCAGCUCUAAGAAAUCUAGGAAUAAGAAAUGAUUUAUAAUUAAUUUUAUUUAUUAAUUUUAUUCAAAAUUCAUUAUUAUUAUAAAAUA